AUGGCAUCUCAAUUUUUUAAUAGAAUUGGUCAAAUUGGUCUUGGUGUUGCAUUAGUAGGUGGAGUAGUUAAUUCAGCUUUAUUCAAUGUUGAUGGUGGUCAUAGAGCAGUUAUAUUUGAUAGGUUUACUGGUGUUAAAAAUCAUGUAGUUGGUGAAGGAACACAUUUUUUUAUUCCAUGGGUACAAAGGCCUAUUAUUUUUGAUAUUAGAUCUCGCCCUAGAAAUAUUCCAACUGUUACAGGAAGUAAAGAUUUACAGAAUGUUAACAUAACUUUAAGAAUUCUUUUUCGACCAGUACCAGAACAACUUCCAAAAAUUUAUACAAUAUUAGGUAUCGAUUAUGAUGAAAGAGUUCUACCAUCUAUAACCACUGAAGUCCUGAAAGCUGUUGUUGCCCAGUUUGAUGCAGGUGAAUUAAUUACUCAAAGAGAGCUUGUGUCUCAAAAAGUUAAUGAAGAACUAACAGAAAGAGCCAGUCACUUUGGUGUGAUACUUGAUGAUAUUGCUUUGACUCAUUUGACAUUCGGAAAAGAGUUUACUCAUGCAGUAGAAUUAAAGCAAGUUGCACAACAAGAUGCUGAAAGAGCUCGAUUUUUGGUUGAGAAGGCAGAGCAGCAGAAGAGAGCCUCUAUAAUAUCAGCUGAGGGAGAUGCACAAGCUGCAAUUUUGUUGGCCAAAUCCUUUGGGGAGGCUGGUGAAGGUCUUGUUGAGUUGAGGAAAAUUGAAGCGGCAGAAGAUAUUGCCUACCAAUUGUCACGAUCCCGCCAAGUUUCAUACCUUCCUCCUGGACAGAAUGUCCUUCUUAACCUCCCUACACAAUAA